AAAAAAAAAAAAAAAAAAAAAAAAAAACCCUACAGUAACCGCGAUGUCGGAGAGCAAUUAUAAACGCGAUUGGCUCCUUGUCCAGAUCUACAGCAUCAUCCCCGGAGACAUAGGGCGCGGUUCUUGAUUAUCCAACCGGAUGUCGUGUAAUAUCAUCCCGGUUAUCCAUCGGUUAUCCCUUACAACCCUCCUCUUUUGGAUUCUGUAUAUUGGUAAAUGUGCCCAGGUAGGUUAUAAGUGAAGCUUUAGGUACCUACUGCUUUGUUGAUAGCAUCGUUUGCAACUCUCUCUCUCUCUCUCUCGUUCUCUCUCUUAUAUAUCUUUCUAUAUAUGAGGUUAUUCUUCGUAAUAUUGCAAACCCUUAAAUAAACAAACAAUGCCUGCACAUCAAACUCAAUCACAAGACAUCCCAAUGUCCGAAGUAAGCCGUCUUCCUACCUCCCAAGAGCUACAAGACAGUGAUAAUGCACCAACAACGGAACUUCCCCCGGCCGAGACCAUCAUCUCGCCAGCUGCUCCGCAGUCCGACCGCAGCAAAUCCGCCUACCUCGUCUUAGCCGGCUGCGUGCUGAUCCAGGCCCCGAUAUGGGGGUACUCGCUCGCCUUCGGCAUAUUCCAAGAGUACUACACGGCGCACGGGCCCGCCGUGCUGCCCGACGGCCCCGGAACCCCCGGCACCAUCGCCAGCAUCGGCAACUCCCAGACGGGUAUCCUGUACCUGAUGAUGCCCGCGACCUUCAUCCUCCUGACGAAGUACCCGUACCUGCGCCGCUGGUGCGGGCCCCUCGGCCUGCUCGUCACUACCGCCUGCCUGCUCGCCUCGUCCUUCGCCACCUCGGCCCGCCAGCUGAUCGCCACCCAGGGCGUCCUGCACGCCGUCGGCUGCGGCUUGCUGUUCAGCCCCGCGUCCCUGAGCCUCGACGAGUGGUUCUCCGAGCGUAAAGGCCUCGCGUACGGCGCCAUGUGGGCGAGCAAGAGCACCGUCGGCGCCGGCAUGCCGUUUCUCACCAGCGCCCUGCUCAGCCGGUUCGGCGUCCGCACCACCUUGCGCGCUUACGCCGCGUCCUCGGCUCUCCUCACCAUCCCCCCGUUGUUCCUCAUACGGGAGUACCCCGCCGCGACGACGACGUCCGAGGAGCACGCCUUCGAUCAUCAACAACAACAACCCGGACGUCGGCAGAGACAACGAGGCCGGGUCUCCUUCGCGUUUGCCCGGCACUCCACCUUCUGGAUCCUGCAGUGGGGCAACGUCCUGCAGUCCCUCGGCUACCUCAUGCCCCCGACGUACCUGGCCUCGUACGCGCACGCCCUCGGCUUCCCCUCCGUUACGGGCCCCAUCUUCCUCGCCCUGAUCUCCCUGGCCUCCGUGCCCGGCUCGCUCCUCAUCGGGCUGCUCAACGACGCCGGGCUCGCGCCCACCACCGUCAUCCUGAUCUCCUCCCUCGGCAGCGCCGCCUCCGUCUUCCUCCUCUGGGGCCUCGGCGGCCACCAGGUCGCCGUCCUGGUCGUCUUCACCCUCAUGUACGGCUUCUUCGCCGGCGGCUUCAGCUCCACCUGGUCCGGCAUCCUGCAGGAGAUGAAGCGCCGCGACGGCGCCAUCGACACCGCCUUGAUUUUCGGCAUGCUGCUCGGUGGCCGGGGUCUCGGCUUCGUGCUUAGCGGUCCUAUCGGUGGGGCUUUGCUCGAGGCCAACCGCUUGAAGGCCCAGGAUUUUACGGGCUACGCCACCCAGUACGGUCCUAUGGUUAUCUAUACUGGGUUGACCGCAACUCUCGGUGCUUGGGGCUGGUUCUGGACUAUGGGCAAACAAGUCAUGAGAGCUUUAUAAGUUAUAAUAGAUAUAUCUAGGAGGUACCCAUCCGUAAUAGAAGCUUUUAAUGGCACGUUUAGUUACUAUAAUAUAUGUCGAAUAACAGUCACCCUUCGUCAACAGACAA